CAGGUGAAACGUUGGAUUUACUUCAAAUUCUUUCGCUGAGACUUUACAAAUACAUUCUUCUUCUGUAAUGUCUCACAUUAACUCGGCGUCCAAAUACUGUGAAACUCUGAUCAGAUUAUUCUAUCUUCUUAUUGGUUAUUUAUAAAAUGAAGUAUUUUUAUUUACUACUUCGAAAUUCAUGGUCAUUUUGAUUGAAUAUGUAUAGCAGUAAGCGUAGAGAGAGAGAGAGGGUAAAUAAAUUUUUGUUGUCCACGCCGUCGAAGAUUUACUCUCUAAUUAGAUAUUAGUUAAGUUAGAUAAAUUUUAAUUCUAAAGGCACGUUCCACUACACCAGUUAUAUUUAAAGGGUAAGUUGUGUAAAAUCUAUACACUUUCUCGUUUGUGUUGUUCGGUCACAUUUGGGGUUUCUUCGUUAACACAAAAAUUCAAAAUUAGCAAAUAUUUAUUAAUUUUUUGUUUCCGACCUUAUCUUUCUAGUCUAUAAUGAGAUGGUUUUCUAAAAGUUCUGGUUCACAACGCGCUUUAGUAGAGAAUAAGCUGAAAAUAAAGAAAAAACCAUUACUAUGGUCGCUAUUAUGCGCAACGAAGCGGUCAAGUUUAACUUUUAAGCGUCCCUUUCGAGAAAAUAUAGAUACUCAAAAGUCAAGGUGGGUUCAGCGACGUCGAAACUCAAGAAUAUCUAAUAACUUUGACACUAAUCUCUGUUCGUCUCUUGAGUCUCUAUCAAGUGAAUCGGGAAAUUAUAUAAAAACAUUUAAACGGGAUGAUCCAAUCGCUCCGACUUUAAAACAAUGUUCUAAUAAAUUACCUAUAGCUUAUUGUCCAAAUUGUCACACAAAUGUAGUUCCAGUAUAUCAAAAGGUUAUUUAUUCAAAUCAUGCGAUUAUGGAUAAUAAGGUUUCAGAAAGUGAAAUGGUUGAAAUAUCUAACGAAUAUACUGUCUACGAAUCUGUUUAUAAAAAUAGUUUACUUUCUAUUGAUACAAAUAUGGAUUGUGAGUUAACUGAGCGCAAAGAACUUCAACCAAUUGACAAGGUACAAUUACCUUUGUAUUUCUUGCCAAUAGAACCGUUAGCCUUCAGUACUAUCGAUCGUAAAGCUAUUGCCUUCGAUGACUGUAAAACAGUGUACGACGAAGUUGCUUCCGAAAAUGAGGAAGACUCAUCUUCCGGGCACUAUGAUUCAUUACACUUUGUAAUGAUAAAACAAAACACCCGACCUUAUCGUAAGCGUAGCGCUUAUCCUGAAUCAGAUUCAUAUCAACAAAUGAAACGAAUGAGACGAGAGGUGUUCGUCUGUGAAGAAUAAAUGUAAUCUUGUCAAAGUAAAACUACAUAUUUUAUAAUAAUUGGUGGCAGCAUUUAUGUUUAAAAACACCUUCGGCAUUUUCUAACUUUCCUCGUCAAAAAUCACUAAGUUUUUGUUAUUUCGGUGUUUGUUAUUAUCAUUUUUAUAUAAUUG